AGGAGGAAGUGAAGCAAAGCACUUCCAUUAUCAAAACAUUGGUGAGCAAUGGGCGAAUGUGCUUCCCGGAAAUAAUAUUUUCUUGUGUCGUCCUUUUGAGGAGCUCCUCUUAACAGAACACACACACAACAUGCUUCAGCUGAACGACACAGUGGAGCCCGAGAGUCCGGGAGCCGCAGUUCUGCCCCCAGCCGAGUCCGAGGAUGGGGUGGAGGUCGCCUUCACGCCGCUGGGGGCCGGGCGGAGUCUGGGGGAAGGAGCUUCUGCAGCCUGCUGUGGGCCGUUGCAGACACUGACGCCUUUUCACGUACACAACCCCACCAUGCAAGCCAAAGUCAAGGACUACUUCGUGUUCAGGCCAGGUACCAUCGAGCAGGCGGUCAGCGACAUCCGGACUGUGGCCCUCCCUUCUGAGGAUGGAGAGGUGCUCAGUGUCUGGCUUCUGGCUCAAAUAGACCACUGGAAUAACGAGAAGGAAAGACUGGUCCUAAUUACAGACCGGUCCUUGCUGGUGUGCAAGUAUGACUUCAUUAACCUGCUGUGUCAGCAGGUCAUCAGAAUCUCGCUCAACGCCGUCGAUACCAUCUCGGUGGGAGAGUUUGAGUUCCCGCCCAAAUCCCUGAACAAACGAGAGGGCGUUGGUGUUCGAGUCCAGUGGGAUAAGCGUCCUCGGGCCUCUUUCAUAAACCGGUGGAACCCGUGGUCCACAGAUAUGCCCUACGCCACAUUCACAGAGCACACCAUGGCCCGUGCUGAUGAGAAGGUGGCCUCCCUCUGCCAGCUGGACAACUUUCGGAUCCAGCUGGUGCAGGCCGUAAAGAGAGCCCACAAGGAGCAUCCCAUACCCGGUCGGGCCAAUGGAGUCCUGAUCCUGGAGAGACCCCUGCUCAUCGAGACCUACCUGGGCAUCAUGUCCUUCAUCAACAAUGAGGCUAAGUUGGGCUACUCCAUGACCCGUGGAAAGAUCGGUUUCUAGGGACAUGUUCAAAUUGGUCACCAGUCUUGGCUUUUUUGUGUUGUGUGUGCAAAGACAGACUCCACAAGCUGUUUUAGCAAACAAGUUGUUAAGCAGCUGAAGACUUGCAUGGACUUUUUUUUUUAAGUCCCUUUCCUUCAUGAGCUGCCAUAGUUGCAUGGACCCCUCGAGUGUCUGGUCAUGUGGCUUAAGUUGAAACGAGUUGUCUUUAGGUCUACUUCUUUGACCCUUAACUUUAAAUAAAUUUUUCCUUGCAAUGAUGACGACAUUCAUGGCCAAGGAUUUUUAUGAUCAUGGAGUCAGAGUUUUAUGUCAAUUUACAUGGACUUAGAGGAAUAAGCGUUGCUAAUAGGAGAAUUUCAGAUUAAUGUAAUAUUCCUUACAAUGGAAACAAUAAAUGACCUUAUUUGACCUCUUCUCUUAAUGGUUUCUGUGUUUACACAGGCCAACAAUAUCUCCAUAGGGAUCUCCAUCGGGUUGCAUGUGCUUUCCUAUAGGUGUAUCCCAAAUAACACCUAUUUCGACUAUGAAUCCCUCUUGUAACUUUUCCCCUUCCUGCGGGGCAGUUUUUGGUCCCAGGUCGGGAUCUCACGGCCUAGCUCAUGGUUUGCAUAUAUCAACUGUUUACCAACCACACUAACGAUGGACUGCAGUUCAAAAUAUGAUAAUAUGCUAAGUAAAUCAAAGUUAUCAAACUUUAUUUGAAAUAGUAUACAAAAUUCCAUGGCAAAAUUCCAAAUGCUUCGAAUUAAAAGGCAAGCGAAAGAUCAGUCUUAGCAGUCCCAGAAGUCAAACGUGUAGCAUGAUUUACUUUAAAUAAUUUGUAUGGGUGGACGCUGAGUGCUGGAUCUUCUUUUUCUCAAUGAGUCUUCCCACCAGUCUGCAGUUCAUGUGUCAAUAUGUUGAAAUCAUGUGUCUGCUGACAUCACUUGUCCUCGGGUCCUGUGUCCAUGUAGCACAAACACAGCUGCUCCUUCCCAAGCAGGAUGAGAGAAUCUCCAUCACAGUGCCAUGUCAGGGACUGGACUUGGAAACCACCUAGGGACAGAAAGAUCAAUACUCGGUGUCAUCUAAGCAUACAAUAGUGUUCAAAAUAAUAGCUUUCCAAUGUGACAAACCAGAUUAAGUCAUGUUUCUGUAUAUUUUUUUAUUGCUCCAUUGCAAAUACGUUACUAGUAGGUGCAGUAGAUUCUCACAACGCCAACAAGACCCAGGAUUCGUGAUAUACUCUUCAGUCAGUGCAAUGGGCAAUUAGUUGAAAGGGGUGUGUUAAAAAAAAAAGUGUGGCAUUCAAUUAGUGAGGUAAUCAAUUUUGUGAAGGACAGGUGUGUAGACCUGUUAAACAUGCAUUUCUGUUAGAAAGCCUAAGGAUAAUGGGCCAUUGAAGAUAUUGUUAAGAAGAACAGCGUACUUUCAUUAAAAAGUUUAUCGAAAGGGGCGACCUAGAAAGAAGUGCAAGAAAUUCUAGGCUGCUAAAUGAUAGCUAACACCUGAAAAUGGAGAGCAAAACCAGAGACAAGUGGCAGAAAAUGGAAGAGAAGAAUAACCAGAAUGGAAAAGGCUUUGCCAAUGAUCCACUCCGGGAUGAUCAAAGCCAGUCUGGAGUUACCUCUUCCAAUGGCCAGGAACUGACUGCUGGGGCUCCAGGCCACAGACUUGACACCCAGUGACCACUCGUAGGCGCUGUAGGUUGACAACAAGCGGCCAUCCAGAGAAUACAGCAACACCUUGUACUGCACGGAGGAAACACAUGAAGCGUUAUUGGGAUUGGACGUUUGGGUUUGUAAGUCAUGAGGACUUACCUCCAGACAGCUGUCCCACACAGCCAGAACACAGCCAUUUGGAGACCACUCCAGCCCUGCAAGGUCUUGUGUCUCCGUCUCAAAAUGCUGUAAGUAAAUGAAGCUCAUUCACAACAACAGCUGUGUGAAAUGUACUGCCAAUAAUUCUCACAUUUUAUGCAUCUCAUAGUAGAAUAUUGUAAAUCCUCUACUGAAAUCAUGAUGGUCGUGGCUUUCCAUUGAGAGUUUAGAUCAGGGGUGCUCACACUUGUUCAGCAUGCGAGCUACUUUUAAAAUGACCGAGUCAAAAUGAUCUACCCACUACAAAAAUGCAAAACAUCUAUUUAUUUUCAAAUGUAUUGAGGAUUAUUUGUACGUACAAUGUAUGUUGAUGUACCUUACAUAACCAAAUGAGCCAAUAUUGCAAAACACACAUAAUUAACAAUUAACAUUUUUUGUAAUUACCUCCACAUUACUCCACAUUUCCCUUCUUUGGUACUGCGAUGGUAGAAUGGCAUAUGAGGCAAACGCACUUCGAAAAAGACAUUGUGAAAAAAAGUCCACCUCCCAUUCUGUAUGGAAGUGAUAUGUUUUUGCCUUUUUACUUGGUCCAGCUCCUUUACUCAUUUUAGUGACCAUAAACUUUAGCAAGGGCUUAAAAUCUAACGCAAUUCGCCGACUAGCUUAGCACUUUGCAUCGCUGUUUACGCAUGAGCGGUGACCUAAAGGUCAAAAUUCAGGUGUCAUCUGACUGGUUGUCCUGUAUGUCAAUCAAGUAACGGGGAUGGAUGAUAGGCUGACAUCAUAAGUUCUGCUGCACUUAGAGACGUUGUUUGAUUUGAUUGGUCGCCCGAAGGGCAACAUUCAGUUGUCAUCUGAAUGGCUGCCCUGUAUAUCAAUCAAGUGACGGCAUUGAUGCGAGGAUGAUAUUUUUUUAAUGUCACGCCGCGAUCGACCAGCGAUCGACCAGUACCACCUCCGCGAUCGACCGGUAGAUCGCGAUCGACUUAAUGAGCACCCUUGGUUUAGAUAACCUGUAUUCCCGUAGCAGACAUUUAUUUGAAAUAAGGCAUCCAUUUGAGUUGAGAUGUAUAUUAGUUGAAGUGGAAGUCGCACUGGCAAUGAAGGGGCUAUCCAGCCAGCGACAUUUUCAGGUCAAAGUUUUCAGCAAAGUAUUUUAUGGUUUCAGCCUCUCAUCCACACAAGAACAUUCGGGUGCCCAAAAACAGUAUUUUUGGAUAACGGCUUCCGGAGUUGGAAAGCCUGAAAACGCCAGCUCAUUGUAUCAAUAUGAAUUUGACAAUAUGACAAUUUAAAAAUAAUGCAGUCACUGCAACUAGAAGAAUGGUCCCAAGAACGGUCCCGUGUGGACAGGAUCUACGAUAGAAUGGAGUCCACAAAUUAAGAAUAAAGCUACCAUGUCCAGCUAAUAUGUCUUCCUUCAAUGGUUAUGAAAAUGAAAGUGUAGUCUUUUGCUUACCCUUAGUAAGUGCCAGUCAUCACACACAAAUAUACAGACAUAGUCUUUGCAGUCACGCCGUUCUGCCAAGGCCAUGUAGCAGCCAUCUCUGCUGAAAUCAAUGCCUAUAGGGUGAAAAUCAAUUUUUAAAAGAAUUCUGUGAAGAUGUAUUAUUCUAAAGUUAAAACAAUGUUAUUAGGUGAAAACAAGUUGGCUUGAGCCACAUUGACAAACACAAAAAAAAUUAAAAUAC